CCCGAAGCCAAUGGGAGUAAAGCGUGCUCGAAUGCGAUAUCCCACGACGACGACCGAUGACCCCUUCGUUCCUUUCUCUGCUCUUUCCUCUUCCCCUCUCUCUCAAGCCUAAAAUUUGGGCAAGCAUGAUCUCUGCUCGGUUCUAUCUAGCCCCUCCGCUUAAUUCUUCUUUCGGUUGAUCUCGGUGGCAGCUCACUUGCGUCAUCGAAUCGCUGGGACUUUUUUCCACUGCUGUUGGUGAGAUUCGGCCAGAGGUUUGUUCUUUUUUUAUAGGUCGUGUUGCUUGGAUUAGGCCUGAAUCGGGCGGGGGCUACUCUUGUUUCUGAGUGUGCUCGGAUGGAGCCUCGCGUGGCCAACAAAUUCCGUCUCGGUCGCAAAGUUGGAAGCGGGUCCUUUGGAGAGAUUUUUCUGGGCACUAAUAUCCAGACGAACGAAGAGGUUGCCAUUAAACUCAACCUCAGGUCAGGGUGGAUUUUUCAGCUUCUAUCUUGUUUAAGAUGGCAAUGUUGAUUCUUCUUACUAGGAAAAUGUUAAGACAAAGCACCCACAGUUGCUAUAUGAGUCAAAGGUGUACAAAAUCCUUCAAGGAGGAACUGGAAUUCCGAACAUGAGAUGGUUUGGUGUUGAGGGUGACUACAACGUCCUUGUGAUGGAUUUGUUAGGACCAAGUCUUGAGGAUUUGUUCAACUUUUGCAACAGAAAGUUCUCGUUGAAGACUGUCUUGAUGCUUGCAGACCAUAUGAUCAAUCGAGUGGAAUUUGUGCAUUCAAAGUGUUUUCUACAUCGAGAUAUAAAGCCGGAUAACUUUCUAAUGGGUCUUGGGAGACGAGCCAAUCAGGUUUAUAUUAUUGACUUUGGACUUGCAAAGAAGUAUAGAGAUAGUUCAACUUAUCAGCAUAUUCCAUAUAGAGAGAACAAAAACUUGACUGGGACAGCAAGAUAUGCAAGUGUUAACACACAUCUUGGCAUAGAGCAAAGCAGGAGGGAUGAUUUGGAAUCUCUUGGAUAUGUUCUUAUGUACUUCUUACAAGGAAGCCUCCCAUGGCAGGGUCUAAAAGCUGGAACCAAGAAACAGAAAUAUGAAAAAAUUAGUUAUCGAAAAGUUGCCACAUCAAUUGAAGCAUUAUGUCGGGGUUAUGCUUCAGAGUUUGCAUCAUACUUCCAUUAUUGUCGUUCGUUACGUUUUGAUGAUAAGCCAGAUUAUGCAUAUCUUAAGAGAUUAUUCAGAGAACUUUUUAUCCGUGAAGGUUUCCAGUUUGAUUAUGUUUUUGACUGGACAAUUUUGAAGUGCCAGCAGUCACAGAAUCCUAGUGCUCCUCCACGUGCUAUUGCUCCGGGAGUUGGGCCUAUCUCUGGCUUGGCUCCUGCUGCUGCAAAUAAUAGGCAGUCAGGUGGUGAAGGACGUACAAGUGGUCGGUCAGGAAUGGACCCCUUUCAUCACACAUGGGUUCCACCUCCAGCUGUACCUCCAGGGAGCUCGAUGAAGCAGAAAAUUCCCCUAGGCAAUGAUCCUUCUCCCACUAGAGGAGCUAUGUUUUCGGGUUCAAAUUAUUUGGGGCAGUCAAGCGGAUCUUCAAGGCGAGCUUUUUUUUCUAGCAGCCGAGACAUGGUCUCUGAGGCAGAUCUAUCACGCACUAGCACGGCAGAGGUCAGCCCUGGGACUUUCCGUAAAGUUUCAAGCUCUCAAAGAGGUUCCCCAUUUAGUUCUUUGGAGCCCAAGUGCACUUCCGCUGGAAGGAAUCCAAACAUUAAGAACUAUGAAUCCACCCUCAAAGGUAUCCAGCGUCUUAGCUUUGAUGAUGAGGAGAGGAUCCAGUACUAAACCAAGGUGCUGCAUCUCUCUGUAUGUUCUUUCUGUAAAGAUCUAUGAACAGAGCACCAGUAAGAUUACACAUUUAUUUACCAUGAGUUGGCAUAUGACUGGUUCUGAGAAAUUGUUUCAGCAGACAGGAAAAAAUUAAUGCCGGCUGCCAGAAGCUGAGAUAUCGUCCGGCGGCUGUUCCACGGCCAUGGUAUGGCUCCUCUGUACAUCUGUCUCGAGUUUGCCAUGGCUCCUCAUUUCUUUUACUGCCAUCAAUGUAAUGUAUUGUCUUGUUUGAAAUUAUUUUUGUUUGGUUCCACAAUUACAUCAAACCUUGAUUAGUUUUGUUACAUUUUUUUUUUUGCAUUAUUAGCUCUUAUUGUUUAGAAGUCCACUGGCUGGCAGACAAUUUCCAAUACUGAUUCAUGAUAUGUUGUGGUAAUCAAACCAAAUUACUCCCUGAACUGAUA